AUGGCAUCUCUACCAUCUUCAUCAACUCUACUCCAAAUCUUUGCUACUUGCGCUUUAUUUGCAUGCUUGCAUGCACAGGUUGUUCAAGAGGUGGGAUUAGUAUCGAAUUUGGAUGGAAUAAGUGGCUUCGAUCCCAAUGCAACCAAUCUUAAGAGAUCUGACUUUGCGACUGAUUUCGCAUUUGGUGUUGCAACUGCUGCUGCCCAGAUAGAAGGAUCAGCAAAAAUUGGAGGCAGAGGACCAAGCGUUUGGGAUCACCUCGUUGAGAAACACCCAGAAAAAAUUCCAGAUGGUAGUACCUUAGAUGCCAUUGAUUCAUAUAGACGCUACAAGGAAGAUGUGAAGAUGAUAGAGGAGCUUGGAGUAAAUAAUUAUAGAUUUUCCAUUUCUUGGACCAGGAUUCUACCUAAUGGAUCGUUGAGUGGUGGAGUAAAUCAAGAGGGGAUCAAUCACUACAACAGUCUCAUUGACGAAUUAAUUAAAAAUGGCAUCACACCUUUUGUGACUAUGUUCCACUUUGAUUCACCGCAAAGCUUACAAGAAAAAUAUGGUGGCCCCUUAAGUCGCACCUUUGUUGAUGAUUUCAGGGACUAUUCUGAAAUAUGCUUUAAGACAUUUGGAGAUAGAGUUAAAAAUUGGAUUACAAUCAAUGAGCCACUGGUUAUAGCAAAAUUUGGUCAUGACUUGGGGAUAACUCCACCAUGUAGAUGCUCAGAUAGAAAAUUAUGUUCAGAAGGUAAUUCAGCCACAGAACCUUAUAUUGUAACCCACAACCUUCUACUCGCCCAUGCAACGGCUGUCAAACUGUACAGAAACAAGUACCAAACAAAACAAUUAGGAAAAAUUGGACUCUCCCUUGUGGGACAAUAUUAUGAACCUUAUUCAGACUCGGAGGAUGAUAAAUUGGCAGCAAAAAGAGCAAUGGACUUUGAUUUAGGAUGGUAUAUGGAGCCACUCGUAUUUGGAGAAUAUCCUCAAAUCAUGAAGCAAAUAGUGAAGCAAAGGCUACCCAGUUUCAGCAUUGAAGAGAAAAAGUUGGUGAAGGGAUCUUUUGACUUCAUUGGUGUCAAUUAUUAUACCACAAGGUAUGCCAAGAACAUCCCCAUUGAUUUCCAAGCUCCACCAAUCAGCGCUAUUGCCGACCGAUUCACAACUGAAUCAACGUCAAAAAAUGGAUCUUUUAUUGGCCCAAAGGCUGAAGGAAGCAUUUUCAUUUACAUUUAUCCAGUUGGGCUAGAGAAAAUUUUAGUAUUUAUGCAUGAAAAUUACCAAAAGCCAAUAAUUUACAUUACUGAGAAUGGGGUUGCUGAGAAACGGAAUGAUAGCCUCCCACUUACUGUUUCACUAAACGAUCCAUUUCGGAUUAGCUUCAUUCGUCAACAUUUAUAUCGAAUCAAUAAAGCAAUUCAGAGAGGAGUAAACGUGAAAGGGUAUUUUCACUGGACUGCAGCUGAUGAUAUUGAGUGGUUAGAGGGGUCGAUUCCAAGGUUCGGACUUUAUUUUGUUGAUUACAAGAGUAAUCUCACCCGUAUCCCCAAACUCUCUGCUAAAUGGUUCCAAGGUUUUCUCCAAGGAAAUUAA